CUCCCGUUCUCGGUGGCCCGUCCCCCCCCCCCCCCUAAUCCUCCAACUCCAACUGUCGCCCGCCGGUAGCCGCGCUCGCGGCAGUGGACCUCGCCUCCUGCGCGGCUGUGCCCAGACUGCUGUGCUGUUUCGGUCUCUUCGGUUGGCAGCAGCCACGCCGGGAACAAGAUGGCGGCGGCGUUGCCGCAGCUGGACGACGAGAUCGUCCACGGCAUGGCCAUCGGCGCUGUCUUCACGGACUAUACCGGGAAGAUCAAUUGCCUCGACUUCCACCGCACGGAAGAUCUCAUGAUCACCUCUAGCGAGGACGACUCCAUCCGCCUAUACAACAUCACCAGCGCGACGUUGUUAAAGACUACGUAUCACAGGAAACAUGGUGCUGACCGUGUCUGUUUUAGUCAUCAUCCAAGUUCUAUCUUAUGCUCUUCACGGUACAACCUAGAGUCUAUAGAGUCACUUCGUUAUCUGUCAUUGUAUGACAACCGUUGCUUAAGAUACUUCAAAGGACACAAAGACAGGGUCGUUUCAUUAUGUAUGUCACCUGUCAAUGAUAGCUUUAUGUCAGGAUCACUUGAUCACAGUGUCAGAAUAUGGGAUCUUCGGGUAAAUGCUUGUCAGGGCAUACUAAGGCUGCGUGGUAGACCUUCUGUUGCAUAUGAUCAACAGGGACUUGUUUUUGCUGUAGCAAUGGAAGGUGGUGCUAUUAAUUUAUUUGAUUCCCGAUCUUAUGACAAGGGUCCAUUCGACACUUUCUUGGUUGGUGGAGAUACAGCUGAAGUUUCUGACAUCAAAUUUAGCAAUGAUGGCAAGUCUAUGCUUUUGACAACAACUAACAACCAUAUAUAUGUUCUGGAUGCAUAUGUUGGGGAUAAGAGGUGUGGUUUUAGUUUAGAGCCAUCUCCCAAUGUAACAAAUGAAGCUGCUUUCACUCCAGAUGGUCAAUAUGUAAUUUCAGGAUCAGGUGAUGGAACACUGCACGCUUGGAACAUCAAUACAGUACAAGAGGUUGCUUGUUGGAACAGUCGCAUUGGUCCUAUUACAGCAUUGAAGUGGGCCCCUCGUCGAGCCAUGUUUGCAACCGCAUCAACUGCCCUAACUUUCUGGAUUCCCAACCGAUCGAAUUAGGAUCAGGUGCCUGGAAAAACAAGGGGUGGAAUUUCAUAUAUGUUAACUUGGCAAAUGUUUAUGCUCUGUUGUUUUCUCCAAAAGAUAGAUGCCAUGUAUGAAAUCACUUCAUUACCAUUUACGGAGGCAAUGGCAUAGUUCCAGGCAGAUACCGGUUAAAUUGUUGUGUUAGCACUCAUAAAGGUUUUUUUGGUGAUUUACUCUGGACUUGUGCUUCGAAAAACAGGCGCUUGUAACUUCUGGAAACCACUGAUUUAAUAUGGACAUGUUGGAGAAUCA